AUGGCCGCCCUUCCCUCCACCUACGACGAGCCCGUCCGUAUCGCCGUUAUUGGCGGUACCGGUCUGCGCGAGCUCCCCGGCUUCACUCAGGUUGCGUCGUUGAACGUCGCGACUCCUUGGGGCAACCCCUCCUCCCCCAUCACCAUCCUGCACCACAAGUGCUCCCACAACAACCAGACGGUCGCCAUCGCCUUCCUGAGCCGUCACGGUCUGCACCACCAGAUCGCUCCCCACGAGGUUCCCGCCCGCGCCAACAUUGCUGCUCUGCGCUCCAUCGGUGUCCGCACCAUCAUCGCCUUCUCCGCCGUCGGUAGCUUGCAGGAGGAGAUCAAGCCCCGCGAUUUCGUCGUUCCCGACCAGGUCAUCGAUCGCACCAAGGGUAUCCGUCCCUUCACCUUCUUCGAGGGCGGCGUGGUCGCUCACGUUCCCUUCGGUGACCCCUUCGACGAGGGUGUCGCCAAGGUCGUGAGGGCCUGUGGACACAGCUUGGAGGGUGAGGGUGUGGUGCUGCACGACCGCGGUACCCUGAUCUGCAUGGAGGGCCCUCAAUUCUCUACCCGCGCUGAGAGCAAGCUGUACCGCUCCUGGGGUGGCAGCGUCAUCAACAUGUCGUGCCUCCCCGAGGCCAAGCUGGCCCGCGAGGCCGAGAUCGCCUACCAGAUGAUCUGCAUGUCCACUGACUACGACUGCUGGCACGAGUCGACCGCCGAUGUGACCGUGGAGAUGGUCAUGGGCAACAUGAAGGCCAACGCCGUCAACGCCAAGCGCUUCGUGACUGCUGUGCUGGACGAACUGGCCGCUGAGAAGAACUCCGAGCUGGUGCAGGCCAAGCACAUUGAGGGAUCCGUCAAGUUCGGUAUGAGCACCGCCGAGCCCAACUGGAGUCCCGAGGCUCGGGAGCGCAUGAACUGGCUGUUCCCUGGCUACUUCAACUAG